AUGACAUAUCCAACAACUUCCUCAAUUUCUCACCAAUUUUCUCCUCCAAUUUUUUGUAUUCAACUUUUAUUUGAACGAAUAUCUUCUCCUUGGGAAUCUAAUUUUGAAGGAAUUAAAACAACUUUUGUUCGGUUUUUGCCUUCUUCCUCGCCUUCUACCUCCUCUUCAUCUUCAAAUUCUUCAACUCCUUUAUAUCCUCAAAGACAAAUACGUGUUGGAAGUGGUCAUCUAUUUUUUAUUAGAGGAACAACAACUCAAAAUGACGGACCUAUAUGGCUAGAUUUGGAAGCUAAAAGUGGUGGAGAUAAUCAAAAAAUUUGGAAAGGAAGAAUUUCUUUAAUUAAAGAAAACGAGAAAAUUCUUCCUAUUGUUUGUCCAUUACAACAACAGCAACAAAAUGGGUUAAAUUUAGAAGCACAUUUUUUGCUAAAUAUAAGUGAAAUACAAAAGAAAAGUGAUAAUAGACAACAAAAUUUGAAAAAUAAAACAAUAGAAAAGGAAGCACAAACAGAUUAUUUAAAUAAUGGAGUAAUUGAACGUGGAACUCAAACAAAUAAAGAAUUAGUACCCGAAACAACAAUAAAAGAACCAAUUCAACAAACAUCAGCAACAACCCUUCAACAAAUUGAACAUCAAAAAACAAUUACUAAACAACGGCAAAAGGAUAAAAAAUUAAUUAAAUUACUUUUAAUUCUAUUAUUAAAAGCAAAGAAUGAAAAUGAAAAAAAUUUUGAAAAUAAAAACCUUCAAAAACUAUCAAAAACAACAAAUACGGAAUGUUCUUUGCCGCCUUAUAGCGAUAAUUUAUUUAAUAAAUUAAUAAAAAUUAAUAAAAUUAAACGAGGACAUUUUCGAGCUCAAAUAGCCUAUCUUUCUUCUGUACACAAAACAAUAGUUGAAGAUAAAAAGGUUUUGAAUUUUGAAAGAAGAGGAGAGGAAAAGAAGAAAAUUAACAAAAAUAAACUUCAAACAACAAUAAAUUUAAAAAAUAUUCAAAAACAACCAAAAAUUAAUAAAAAAGUUGAAGAAUCCCCUCCCUCAUCUGGAUUACAAUCUAUAGCUUUUAGUAGUCCAAACUCAUCAGAAAAAGGAAAUAAUGGAAGAAAUCUAAUCAUUGGAAGAAGAUUGAAGGGAGAAGAAAAUAACGAAGAUUUAGCAAUAGUAAGACGAAAAAUGAAGGAAGAAUUAAUUAAAGAAGAGAUUCUUAAUUUAAAUAAUAAUCCAACUAAAAUUCAUAAGGAAAACCAAAAUUCAUCACCAAAAUCUUCAAACAAAUCUUCCCCACAAAUUAGGCAAAAAAUACCUGAAGAAAAUAGACGGAGUAAUUCAAAAAGUUCAACAAAAUCAACAUCAACUUCUUCAACAAAAUCUAGUAAAAAUCAAGCCAUUGAUGCUGCUUCUGUAUUAUCCUCAAUUAAAAAUUCUUCAUCUCCAACCUCUUCAAAAUCUUCCACAAAAUCUUCAAAAUCAGCCUCAACAAAUACAACAACAAAAAAUAAAAUAUCUGAUGAAGAAGGAAGUACUUCUACUGUUACUAGUAAACAAACUACUGAAAGUUCAACAACAAAAACAACUGAAAGCAGUAUAACAACAAAGAAAAGUAGUAAAAGAAGUUCUUCAAUUUCUGGGGGUGAGGAAUAA